AUGUCUUCCCUUCGUCAACAAACCAUAGUACAGUAUGUCUUGCUUGUUGCAGCGUCACUACUUUCUUACGGUGGCGCACUGUACGGUACCUUCGUCUUCGAUGACUCGGCCGCAAUCGUGAAAAACAUGGAUGUGCGUAACGUAAAAACACCGUUCACCACGUUGCUACAGCACGAUUUUUGGGGUAACAAUCUGACCGAUCCAACGAGUCAUAAAUCCUUCCGACCGCUGGCCGUACUAAGCUACCAGCUGGAAAAUCGUCUUAUCGGUUUGAACGCAGGGCAUAUGAAAAAGGUUAACUUUAUCCUGCACACGAUCGUCUGCCUGCUCGUACUGAAAUUGUAUCAAACUCUAUGGCGCGACUCCGGUCAUUUUCGGACGUCCUUUUGGGCUGCAUUCGUUUUUACCGUCCAUCCGAUUCACACCGAAGCUGUAGUUGGCAUUGUAGGACGAGCCGAUCUGUUGGCGUCGAUCGGAUACAUUACUGUGCUGUUGUUGUAUCAACGAUGGUUAACCAACGGUCGCCGAUACGGUGUUCUCGUUUAUCCCGCUCUCUUUCUGCUAACCGUGGUUUCAAUGCUUUUCAAGGAAACAGGCAUAACCGCUCUAGUUGCUUGUGGUGCGAUUGAUCUCUUGAAAAGGAUCAAGUGGCACCAUUUACAAUUUUCAUUCCGUGACUUCCUUAGCCUGCAUCGAUCCUGCUUGGUAAGAGUGUUUACCUUGGCCUGUUUGUCACUUGGCACGCUCGUCCUGAGGCUUUGGAUAAUGGAUUUCGAAAGUCCGAAGUUCCAUCGAAUGGACAACCCUAUCGGUGCAAGCAACAGCAUCACAACCAAAAUUCUUUCUCAAAGCUACCUGUAUUGGUUGAACUUUUGGCUGCUGGUAUGCCCGGACUGGUUAAGCUUCGAUUGGGCACUGGGAUCCAUCCCGCUGGUGGAAAGUGCAUUUGAUUGGAGAAUACCGCUCAUCUGUGUGCUGUACGGUGCGAUCCUUGCGCUUGUUUUCCUCUCAAAAGAGUCCAAAUCAAAGGAAAUUACUCUUUCGCUUGCAUUAGCCAUUAUUCCUUUUCUGCCGGCAUGUGGUAUCGUGCGUGUCGGUUUUGUGAUCGCCGAAAGACUGUUGUAUCUUCCCUCCGUUGGAUUAUGCUACCUGCUAGCGACCGGAUAUCGUCGUCUGAUAAAACGCUCCAUAGUAUUCUACGUACCGCUGUGCUUCGUGUGCACCAUGUUCAUCCUGAAGACGCAAUCCCGUGCGUACGAGUGGACCUCGGAGGAUCUGCUGUUUCGGUCAGCGAUGCGCGUGUGCCCACGGAACGCAAAAGUGUACUAUAACAUUGCCCGGCUUGCGACGGAUCAGGGCGAUCGGGAGACGGCCUUUGCAUUCUAUCGACACGCGAUCGAGCUCCACCCGGAGUACGAGGCGGCUCACAUGAAUCUGGGCAAUUUGCAUCGUGAAAUGCAAGAGCUCGACAUCGCCGAGCGGCAUUUGCGGAAAGCGAUCGAGAUACACGAGCCGUUCCCAUCGGCAUGGAUGAAUCUCGGUAUCGUCCAAGCGGCACGAAAGGACCAUUUGGCGGCAUUAGCCAGCUACCAGAGAGCGCUCGAGUUGAAACCGAACUAUGCGAAUUGUUUGUAUAAUUUGGGCAACUUAUAUAUCGAUAAGCAGAAUUCUUCGAUGGCGCUACGGUACUGGCGCGAAGCGAUACAGCAGAACCCGCGUCACAGCAAAGCGUGGGCUAACAUUCUUGCCCUGUACGACAACAGGGGCCGCACGGAGGAUAUUAUUCGUACGUCGGCCCUAGCGCUUACCUUCCUGCCGAACGACACCGCCAUCCUGUUUACCCGUGCCAACGCGUUCGGUAAGCUCGGCCAGUACGAAACGGCCGAAUCACUCUACCGGCAGAUCAUUACCGCGCGGCCCGAUCAUGCGGUUUAUCGGGCAAACCUGGGAGUGCUGUACCACCGCUGGGGCCAGAAAAAAGCGCAAGCCAUUGAGCAGUAUCGAGCGGCACUACGGCUGGAUCCUAAUUUGCGCAGUGCCAAAACGAACUUGCUUAAACUGAUGGACGCAUCGUAG